AUGAAACUUGAUGUCCACAGAGACAAGCAGGAUGUGGUCAUAGAUCUCGUGCAGAAGUUACACGACAGCACGCAAUUGAAGAAAAACGGCAAGUGCAUCAAGUUUUCCAAUACUAUCUUUAAUUCUAAGCAGACCAUCGAUUCUUGGAAAUUCGCCGAAUUCGACUACUCUCGUUCCAAGAUCGAGUUGCCUAUACGCGCCAGAGGCUUGUUCACCGUCAACGACAAUAAGAUCGUAGCGAGAGGCUACGACAAGUUUUUCAACGUAGACGAAGUAGCAGCCACCAAACUCAAGGAUCUACCCACUUCAACUGUAGGACCAUAUGAUGUUACACUCAAGGAAAAUGGCUGUAUCAUCUUAAUUGGAGGCUUGGAAACAGGUGAAAUUGUAGUUUGUUCCAAGCAUUCAACAGGAUACCGUGAUGAUCUGAUCAGAAACCAUGCUUUGGCUGGAGAAAACGAGCUCAAAAAUCAGGUUUCCACGCUCGCAAACAAGUCCAUCACCGAAUUGGCAAAGUUUUUGUAUGAAAACAAUCUAACUGCAGUAACUGAAUUAUGUGAUGAUUCAUUUGAAGAACAUGUCUUGCCAUAUACAAAGGAAAAAUCAGGUCUUUACCUCCAUGGGCUCAACUAUAACACUAUCAAAUUUAACACGGUACCUAUAGAGCAAGUGACAGAGUUUGCCAAAGAGUGGGGUUUCAAGACAAUUGAGUCUCUCAGAUACAAUGACGUAGAUGAACUCUUUACUUUCCUUGACGAAUGUGCCAAAACUGGGACUUACAACGGCAAGGAAGCUGAAGGGUUUGUAAUCAGAUGCCAUCAUAAAAAGGACAACUCCGAUUUCUUUUUCAAGUACAAGUUUGAGGAGCCCUAUUUAUUGUAUAGACAAUUUAGAGAGGUUACCAGAAAGAUCUUCGUCGAGAAUAAGGAGGAAAGCGAAGUCUUUAUCAAGACCCAUAGAAUGAUCACAGCCAAAUACAUAGGUUUUGUGAGGGAUUUGUUUGAGAAACAGCCUCAAUUAUUACAGGACUUCGCCAACGGCUAUGGUAUCAUUAAAAUCAGACAAUUGUUCCUUGAACAUUUGAACGAAGCAAACGGUAUGAACUUGUUGACCUUGGACAAAAAGAUGGCAGAAGAGGUAUCCAAAUUGGACCCUGACAACAAAACCAAGUAUGUAUUAGUUCCUAUUGCAACUAUUGGGUGCGGAAAAACCACUGUAUUCCUAACUUUGAAUAAGUUGUUUCCGGAAUGGGUCCAUCUUCAAAACGACAAUAUUAAAAAGGGAAAUAAGUUCAAAAUUAUAGAUUCCAGCUUGUCUGGGUUAGUACAUUCGCCAGUGGUCUUGUUUGACAGAAACAACUCGUCCUUCAGGGAGCGUCAACAAAUUCUAGAUGACUUUGCCAAGCGUAAGACCAUCUACUUUGAUCAACACCAGGAAAUAAAAUUCAUAGCUGUCAGUUUCAUCAACAACUUGGAUGAAGAGUCGUUAUGGAAUCUUACCUAUAACAGAAUUAAAGAUAGAGGUGACAAUCAUCAAUCGAUCAAGAGUUCUACGGAUCCGCAACUAGCAGAGAAAGUCAUGAGGCUGUUCAUUAGCCGGUUCCAGGAGGUGGCACCAGAAACUGCACCAGACAAAAUGUUUGACUCCGUUAUCAAGCUACAGUUAACUGAGACCGAAUCUUCCUUGGCAAAUGUGAAGAUAGUAAUAAGACAUCUACAAGAGAAUUAUCCAGAGUUGGUUCCUAAGGUACCGUCGGAUGACGAAAUUAAAAUUGCAUUUGAGGAAUCGUUAAGCUAUAAGCCAGACUUCGUAAAGAACAUGGCCAAGACCAUGAAACCUGCCUACUACGGUAUCUCUAUCCCGUCCGAUUUCUUGAUUAGCACCAUCGAUUCAGGUUUAGGUGAUGAUCCACAAUGGCGUCUUUUGAAGACGUCUGCGAGAGUGCAGGAAUCAUUUCACAUAACCUUGGGACACCUGUUCAGCCUUAAGGAAAAUAAGAGCUUGACCCCGGCAUGGAAGGAAUUCAAUAGAGUUUUCCAGCCACUGUAUGAGAACAAAAUGGUCUGCAAAUUAAAAUUUUUUGCAGAUGUCAAUUUGACCAAGAUCAUCAUUAACCACGACAAAUUAAUAUGCAUUUUGGCUGAAGUAGGAAAUUACUACAAAAAUUGGGACGAAGAAAUUCCGAAAUUGGCUACAAUGAACCAAUUCUUGCACAUCACUGUGGGGACACUAAGACCAGAAAUCAAACCUAGAGAAUCUAACAGUACUUUGGAAAGGUUAUUUGGACAAUAUAAUAGUGGCAGUACCGAUUUAUCCGAUGGUGAAUAUACCUUGGAAGAUGGAGAAGUCAUCAGGGUGGUCAGUUUUACAGAGCCAGUUACAAUAGAAAAGGCGGGCAUAUUUGCUCGCUACUAA